AUUGGAUACAUUUACACACGCUUUCACAAACUCACACACAAGUGCUCAGGCAGUCCAGCUGGCGAGGAAACACAGGUAUGAUGACCCUGCUCGAGGACACCCUCCAUGCCUCCAACUACAGACACCUUCCCCGCAACUGAACGUCGAGGCAGAAUUAAUUUCUUUAAAGGAAUCUCUAAGGAAGUUUUUCUUCUUUUUCAACCCCACAACAUUUGACUUUUCCUCAAGCUCAGGGAUUGUUACAGCAACAUGAGUGUGAAGAGGAAAAAGGCCAGACUAGUAAUCCGCUGGCAGAAGUCAUUCUCCAUCCUGGCUCCUUGGAGGAAAGGGAAAGGAGACCGAGAUGCAGUGCUGGAUAGUGAGGUUGUCCUGACAAAAAUGAAGCUCUUCAGCAACUUCCAAGAGAGUCUCCUGAUAGCUGACGACACCACCUCCACCAUCUCCAGCUCUUUCGAGCAGGACAUCAAAUUGUCUGAGGGGAAUUCACACCUUGACGAUAAGUCCAAACAGCCCCAGAUGGAGUCUGGCUCAGACUACUUGUCUACUAUUUUCUCAGACUCUCAGCUGACAAGGUUGUACAAGUUUGAGUCGGAGGACUCUGGAGUGGAGCUACCCAGCGGAGCUAACUCUCCAUCCACCCCAACAGACUCUGAGCAGAGCUUUGUGGUCCACAGUCGAGAGUCCUCCUGCGAUUCUUGCAACUUAAACUCCGACCCUGAAACUCUCACUGAUAAACUAGUCACAUAUGCACAGAGCUCUGAGAUAAAACAGGCAGAGGACUUGAUGGAUAAUAGUCUGAGUACGGCAGUUAAUGCUCAGGACGAUGUGUUCUUACACUCAGAACAACUUAGUUCUUCAGCUGUGAGAGAAGAACUGCACAUAGAUGAGGACAUGGACAGGGACGAGUGUAUGGCUCCAGGAAUCAGCCCUGAAGGAGAUGAGGAGAUGUCUGGACAGAUCGAGGAAAACAGUAGUGUAACUGAAAGGAACUGCUUGGAGCAUAUGAGGCAAUAUGGGAAGAAAUUGUCAACAGAGGCCUGGGAUGUCAUGACAGGCAAUGACUUUGAGCCAGAGCCAUGGAGGAGUGCCACCACUGACAGCCUGGAGGAGUACAUGGAUGAAUGCUGUAGACUCAGUGAGGCACAACAGGGGAGUUCCAACCCUCUGGGUUCAGGCCUGGGUUACCUGACACACAUCUGCCAACUCAUCGAGAAGAUCGGCCAGCUGCAGGAGACAAACUUGCGGCUGCAAAAGCAGAUCUGCAGCCUGCAGAAGAACAGCAGAAUGACAAAGACCAAAGAGGACUUUUUCCACCAGCACUGCAGCUGUGGUGCAGCCAGCAUUGCCUUCCAGGAUGCUCAGAAGAGACACUCCAGAAGUGAGUUUUUGUCUCCCAGUGGAACCCUCUCUGACCUGACCACAAUCCCAGAGGUCACACGGCAUUCAUUCAUAACCAAGAGAGACACCAGCAGUGAGGGUUUGACACCGGUCCCACUGUGGAGAAGAGGCCUGAACCGAAGGAGUUACACAGAGGGGGAGGUCCACUUCCUCGGGGACAGCACCGAAGGGCUCUCCAACCCCCAGCGCAGGCUGAGUGAAAACUACACAUGGGGCCGAGUCAAAGACCUGGUGAGGAAAACAAAACUAAGGAACCAGAGCAGACUGGGACUGACUUCCACUUCACUGAAGAUGUCCUGCCCACAACUCUACAUGCCUGAUCGGGGACCAGUAGAACCUGCUGGGAGAAACAGGAACUCCAUGAUCACCUUGGGCCACCAGAGCAAAAUGGACUUCCUUUGGCAACAAUAAAGAUGCAGAUCCAGAUGGUCUCGUGCUGGGAAGAGGAGGUGACCUAAAGUUUGACUGGAAAAGAAAAAGGAGGUAACUGCGAAGAAAGAAGAAAGUGAGGGGAUGUUGUUGCUGCUGCAUGUAAUGGAGAAUGGGAGUAUUUAUGGGAGACUCAUGUAAUGUAUAUUGUAGCGGACAUGAAAAAUAUAAGUGAUCCUGGAUUAAAAAGACGAGGCUACUAUAUGUCUAAAUGAUCUGCACUGUGAUGUAGGUUAACUGCAUAUACGUUCUCUGUUGAUACUAUUUACAGUAGUGUAUGUUUCCAUUAGAAAGCUGCAAAUCUGUAACAAUCCAACUGAUGUGAACAUACACAUUCUAUAACUUUACAUUUUGUAUAAUGUUGUAAAAGGACAAAUGGCAGACUGCUUUGUACAGUGUGUUAUAUAACUGGAGCGCAUGCAGUGAUAAUGCACGAACCCUGCAGGGAAUCAGUGUAUCAUAUAUCAUGUUAAUAUAUGAGCUGAAGAUAACAUGUCAGAUAGUCUCUUCCAUCAAACAUUUACUUUUUUAAUUUUCAGCCCAUAAACUGAUGAUAGGUGGUUGGGAUAUAACUGGAAUAUAUGCUGUGUAAGUAGUAUGUUUAAUAACACGCAGAGCUUGUUUGACACGUUAAGCGCCGUGAUUUAUCUUCACUGCCAGCCUUGAAUCACUGAAAUUCUCUUGUCUAGUUCCAUACAAAAUACAGGAGUCAUAAGUUAUAGCAACAGAAAGAAAAAAAAGCUGAGGGCAAGUAAUAAUAUGUUGACGAUUUCACAUAAAAGAUGGAAAAACUUCAAAUGAAGUGCUCAUCAGAUCUAAUAAUGUCUGAAACCCUCUUUUCAAGGCCAGAAUCAAAGCUGGUUGCAUCUGACAGGUUUUCUUUAAACUUUCUGAAGCCAAUAAUCCAACAACAAUGCCCACUUUAAUUGGGGGGUUGGCCAGGCCAUGUAUAAAGAGAACUGGAUAAAGGGCCUGAAUUGGACUCAAAAAUGUGCCAGUACCCUAAUUCAGCACAACCCUAACCCUAAACACAACAUUUGAUCCUUUUUAACAAGUACAUUUUCAGUGCUGUUUUCUUAGCAUUAAGCUAGCUACACGGAGACAAGUAAUGCACUUGUUCAGGAGUAUCUCACCAGCGCUGCUGUAUACAGGGUUUUAAGGGGUUUUGGGGCAUCAAAGCAUCAAAGUAAAGUUAUUUUGCUAGAGGUGGGAGAACUCAAUAAACAGUAAAUUAAUUCCUAUGAAAGCUGCUUAGUGGCAACAGGAUUGUUUUUGCAGUCCUUGUUUUACCCUAAUCAGCCAAUGUUCUGUACAUUGUACUGUACAUUGGCUCCACAGACAUUAACUGCAGACAGCUAGCAAUGUACACGCUGAUUAUUCAUUUUCCUACAGACUGCUCUGCUUUUCCUUUGGUCUCUGGACGUUCAUAAAUUGACAUCAGAAACAUUAAGGAUGAAUGCAAAGUUCAUGUGAUUCCACCUUUGCUUUCAGUUUGUGCUGCAGAAUUUGCAACAAUAGGCCUCCACGUAUGUCUCCAUUACCUUAAUAUGCAGUCGAGCUGCCUCAAAAAUGUCCCUUAGGUUCAGUCUGAACCAUUGACAGUAUAUACUAUAAUGGACAGAGCUUCCGGGUCUGUGAAGUAAAGCCAUUGCAUUCUAUGGAAUGGCCAGCAACCAUUGGCAGCAUUAAAACAUUGGCUUGCAGUGUUAUUGAGAAAUUAUCCAACUUUUCACUUGAUUUAUUAGUUCAGUAGUUUAUAGUUUCUUUAUGAGUUUAUAGUCUCAAUCUCUAGUUUCAGUCUUGAUGUUCCAUUAGAAAAUUAUGGUCCUAUUUAGAGUAAACUAGACAACAAAGCAGGGUAUGGUGUGGCUACCUUGUGAUUGACAGGUCAUUCUCAGUGAGUCCGUCCAGCUCAAAGCACCAAACUUAGAUCAAACUGUCAAACUAGGCACUACGAAUCAGUACAGCUCAACUCGCAGGACGUCACCUCCGUUGGCUCAGAGAAACCGUUAUAGUGACCAAUAUAAUGCCAAACGCUUUAGAACUGUACCAAUGGGUGACGUCACGAUAGAUUCACACAUGGUCUGAACACACCUUUAAAGUCAACCCAGUUUGUAUCUCUGUCGGAGAUGAAGAAGGUAUUUUGAUUGGCUAGAUUUAUGUGCAUUUCAUGGUGAACAGAGAGGCAAAGACACAAAACUUUAAAGUUGCAAUUAACAACACAUGAAAUGCUGUGUACAUAGUCAUGAUUCUCAGCAACAACUUUUAUUGUAGAAAAACACACUCCUGGCAGACUGCAUCAUCUCUGACUCUGAACCUGACUGGGAAACCAUGAUAGCAGUGAACGCUUAACACAAUGGAUGGAGACCAAAAGAUAAUAAUAAAAAUAACUUUACUGACCUUUAAUUUAUCAGAGAAAAAAUCGUUUGAUGGAAGACACACAAGGCCACACUGCAAAAAAGUUUAACAGUAUAACAGAGCAUUCCAAUUCCACCAUCUUAGGUGGUGCUGCCUUAGCAAUAUUGUUUGGGUAUUCUGACACGAAGGAUACUUUAUAUACCACUAUUAUAUUGUAUUCCAACAAGGUAAAAACACUGCUGGUGUGUCAGAUCAGUCACUAAAAGAAGGGAUGUAUGUUGAAUUAUGUAAAACAAGAAUCGUUUUUGUGUAAAUAAUAGCUUAUCUGUUUAUCUGUAGGAUGUCAACAUCUGUUGUAUGUUGCUGUAUGCAUAUUGCAUCAAUAUUUUUCAAAAUAAAGUUAAAUGAAAAUAA